AUGCAAUCCGUCCCCACUGACCCACACGAGUUUGAUGAGCUUCCUAUAAGCAAUGUUCUUAAGAAGGCACUUAAAGACAACAAGUUUACCAAAAUGAAGCAAAUUCAAUCAAUGGCUAUACCACAUUUGCUUGCUGGCAGGAAUGUGCUUGGCGCAUCCCCAACAGGUUCAGGUAAGACACUUGCUUUUCUCAUUCCAGCAAUCGAAUUACUUACAUAUGCUCGCGCGCGCCCAGCCAACGGCACAUUAGUUGUUAUUCUCUCUCCAUCACGCGAACUCGCCCUUCAAACAUUCAGCAUUGCAAACACACUCAUGAAACAGCUCUCACCAACCGUUGGUUGCGUUGUUGGUGGCAGCACAUCUUACAAGAAUGAAGCAUAUCAACUUACAAAGAAAGGAUACAACAUGCUUAUCGCUACACCAGGUCGUCUAAGACAGCACCUCGAAGCAGGCAACGUUAAAUUAGACAAUUUCCAAAUGUUAAUCAUCGAUGAAGCAGAUCGUAUGUUAGAAAACGGUUUUGCACAAGAUCUCUUCCAGAUCUUCAAGAGUAUCAAGACACCAGCACAAACAGCCUUAUUCUCCGCUACUCUUACAAAAGAUGUCGAAGGAUUAAUGCGCGUCAACAUUUCUUCGGCACCAGUCUUCUGUUGUCCCACGGAAGCCAAUGUCGUCACAACUCUCGAACAUUGCUACACGAUUGUCCCUCUAAAAAUGAGAAUUGCGACAUUAGUUACAUUAUUGAUGAAAUUGAAAGGAAAAAGAAUCGUUGUUUUCGUAAACAGCCGAAAAGAAGCUGAAUUCCUUGGCCGCAUCUUCAACGCCAUUGAUAUCGACAACGACUGCAUACACGGCGAUCUUCCACAAGAAGAAAGAUCACUUGCUUUCGUCAGAUUCAACAGAAACGAAAGAAGUGUCCUCAUCGCAACAAACGUCGUCUCAAGAGGUAUCGAUUUUACGGGCGUUGAUUGGUCUAUUUCGUUAGGCCCGCCAGACAGAGUCAAGGACUACAUCCAUAGAGCAGGAAGAACAGCGAGAAAUGAGAAUUUCGGUCGUUCUUUGAUAUUACUCUGCGAAAACGAGAAACCAUUCGUUGACAGUGUUCGCAGAGCAAAGAUCACAAUCAAGAGAAUCAAUCUCAAACUUGAAGGUGUCGAAGAUGAGUUCGAACACAUCAAACAGACAAUCCCUGAAUCAAGAGCAUUCAAGGAACUCGCUGAAGACGCUGUCGACGCUUUCGAAAGCAGCUACAGCGCUAGACCUGCUGAAGAAGGAAUCAGCGUUAAGGAUAUAGAUAUUAACGACCUUAGAGAGUCGUUUGGCCUCCAGCCACUUAAAUAA